AUGACACAGCCCUUGUUGCUUUCGCAUGUUUCUUUGAACACUAGGGAGAUCGCCGAUCAUGCUCCCCGGACUCGGACUUGGCUGAAUACGAUCAAGACCAUGGUCCAAAAUACCAAACUUGGAUUAUUGGUUUUGUUAUCUGUAUUGCUUUUGGUGAUCUACUUGCCCAAAGUCCAAAAUUCAACUUUGAAACCAUUAAUCUCGAAUCAAGAUGAGAGUCUUGGUAUACACAAAAACUUAGAGCCUGGAAAACUUGGGGCUGUUGCUAGCGAGAGCUCCAUUUGUUCACGACAUGGAACUGACAUGUUGAAAAUGGGUGGCACGGCUGCUGAUGCUCUUGUUGCUACAGAGAUCUGCGUUGGCGUCGUAGGAAUGUAUCAUAGUGGUAUUGGCGGAGGUGGCUUCAUGCUUAUAAGAGCACCAGAUGGUUCCCACGAGAGUGUCGACUUUCGAGAAACAGCCCCAGCGGCUGCGUUUGAGGAAAUGUUCAAGAAUAAUACCGAAGCCGCGAUCCAUGGGGGCCUGGCAAGUGGCGUGCCCGGUGAAUUGCGUGGACUAGAGUAUCUCCAUCAGAAGUACGGGUCUCUUCCGUGGUCGACUGUUGUACAGCCAGCCAUUCGGACUGCUCGCGAAGGCUUCCCAGUCACAGAAGAUUUGAUCCGAUACAUGAACAGCGCAGUAGGAAGUGGCGAGGACUUUCUUUCACUUGACCCAACUUGGGCGAUUGACUUUGCUCCUAAUGGCACUCGAUUGGGCUUGGGGGAUAUCAUGACCCGGAAGCGUCUCGCGGAUACACUUGAAAGAAUUGCGGAUCAUGGCCCAGAUGCCUUUUACUCUGGCGCAAUCGCCGAGACCAUGAUAAAGGCGAUACAAAAUUCAAACGGAACUAUGGAGGUACAAGAUCUAACGGACUAUUCUAUUGCCAUCCGAAACAUAUCGCAGAUCAAUUACCGCGGAUACACAGUCACAAGUACGACAGCACCAUCGAGCGGCGUUGUCGCAUUAAACAUCCUUAAGGUUUUGAACACCUACCAGGACCUAUUCUCCGAUGAGAAGACCGUGAACCUCAGUACGCACCGUAUGGGCGAGGCGUUUAGAUUCGGGUAUGGCCAGAGGACGCAAAUGGGCGACCCGGAGUUUGUCCCUGAGAUGGCAGAUUAUGAGCAUAAGAUGCUGAAACAGUCUACCGUUGAUGAUAUUCGCAGCAAAAUUUCCGACACUCACACGUUGGAUGUGUCCGCAUACGACCCUGACGGCAUUGAGAGUCUCGACACACCAGGAACCUCCCAUGUUGUCGCAGCUGAUCAUUCCGGACUCACCAUCUCCGCGAUCACUACCAUCAAUCUCCUUUUUGGGAGCCGUCUCAUGGUACCAGAGACUGGCAUUAUCAUGAAUAACGAAAUGGACGACUUUUCUAUCCCCGGAUCGUCCAACUCAUUCGGAUACAUUCCUUCCGAGGCAAACUUUAUCCGACCUAACAAGAGGCCUUUAUCAUCCUGUACACCUGCGAUCGUCACCCGACCCGAUGGCAGUGUUUUUCUAGUCGCUGGAAGUGCAGGGGGCAGCCGUAUAAUAACGGCUACCGUGCAGACCAUUAUUCAUUCAAUUGAUCAGGGGCUGACAGCGGCCGAGGCCUUGGCCAAGCCUCGUUUGCAUGAUCAACUGGUUCCUAACCAAGUGACCUUCGAGUACAACUAUGACAACUCGACCGUUGCUUUCAUGGAGAGUAGGGGACAUAACGUCACCUGGGUUGCGCCGACACUGAGCACUGCACAGCUCAUUCGAGUUCUUCCCAAUGGUACAUUUGAUCCUGCUGGCGAACCUCGCCAACUCAACUCGGCUGGCUACUCUGUAUGA